AUGGUUCCCGAAAUAUUUUAUUUCCUUCAGUUUUUCACUCUUUUCACUGUUACUUUUGCUUCCAUUGAGGAAGCAACUGCUCUCCUCAAAUGGAAAGCUACUGUCCUAAGCCAAAAUAAUUCCUUACUGGCUUCAUGGACACUAAGUACUGAUGCAUGCAGGGGUUGGUAUGGAGUUAUAUGUUUUAAUGGUAGGGUAAACAAGAUCAAUAUUACUAAUGCUGGUGUUGUUGGUACACUCCAUGAUUUUCCAUUUUCAUCUUUCCCGUCACUUGAAUAUGUUGAUCUUAGCAUGAACCAGCUCUCUGGUAUCAUACCCCCUGCAAUAGGAAACCUCACUAAUCUUGUCUAUCUUGACUUGUCGAUCAACCAGAUUUCAGGCAAAAUCCCACCUCAAAUCGGCUCGCUAUCAAAGGUUGAGACCCUCUUCAUCUUUGACAACCAUUUAAAUGGUACCAUUCCUGUUGAAAUAGGGAAGAUGAAGUCACUUGAGGUUUUAACCUUGUAUAGGAACAAUCUUUCUGGUCCAAUUCCAAUUACUUUGGGUGACUUAACUGAGCUUAAAUUUUUGUACCUUUAUUCUAACCAACUUUCUGAUCUCAUUCCUCGAGAGUUGGGGAAUUUGAAAAACCUCAUAGAGCUGGAUUUAUCCAGUAAUCAACUUACUGGUUCAAUUCCAAUAACUUUAGGUGACUUAACUGAGCUCAAAAUUUUGUAUCUUUAUUCUAACCAACUAUCUGGUCUCAUUCCUCGUGAAUUGGGGAAUUUGAAAAACCUCAAUGAUCUGGAGCUAUCCCACAAUAAGCUUACUGGUUCAAUUCCAUUUACUGUAGGUGACAUAACUGAGCUCGAAAUUUUGUACCUUUAUUCUAACCAACUUUCUGGUCUCAUUCCUCGAGAGUUUGGGAAUCUGAAAAACCUCAUAGAGCUGGAUUUAUCCGAUAAUCAACUUGCUGGUUCAAUUCCAAUAACUUUAGGUGACUUAACUGAGCUCAAAAUUUUGUACCUUUAUUCUAACCAACUUUCUGGUCUCAUUCCUCGAGAGUUGGGGAAUCUGAAAAAUCUCACAGAGCUGGCUUUAUCUGAUAAUAAGCUUACUGGUUCAAUUCCAUUAACUCUAGGUGACUUAACUGAACUCAAAAUUUUGUACCUUUAUUCUAACCAACUUUCUGGUCUCAUUCCUAGAGAGUUGGGGAAUCUGAAAAACCUCACAGAGCUGGAUAUAUACCAUAAUCAACUUAGUGGUUCAAUUCCAAUAACUCUAGGUGACUUAACUGAGCUCAAAAUUUUGUAUCUUUAUUCUAACCAACUUUCUGGUCCCAUUCCUAGAGAGUUGGGGAAUUUGAAAAACCUCAAUGAUUUGGAGCUACAAGAAAAUCAACUUACUGGUCCAAUUCCUGCUUCCUUUGGCAAUUUGAGAAAGUUACAAUUUUUGUAUCUCCGUGCCAACAAACUUUCUGGUUCUAUUCCAGAAGAACUUGCAUAUUUGGAUAACUUGGUAGAGCUGAUACUAAGUGAAAAUCAGUUUUCAGGCCAUUUGCCUGAGCAUCUUUGCCAAGGUGGGAAACUUGAGAACUUCACAGUGGCCAGUAACAAGUUAACAGGACCAAUACCAAGAAGCUUGAGCAAGUGCUCCAGUUUUAAAUGGGUCCGCUUUAACAACAACAGUUUCACUGGGAAUUUAUCUGAAGCUUUUGGUACCUAUCCGAAGCUGCUGUUCAUUAAUUUGAGUGAUAAUGAUUUUCAUGGUGAACUCAGCAGCAAGUGGGGGAAAUGCAAGAAUUUGACUGAUUUUCGGAUUGCCAGAAAUAACAUUAGUGGUAGCAUACCACCAGAGAUUGGAAAUGUCAAAGGGCUUUUAGGACUUGAUCUUUCAGCGAAUCAUUUGAUUGGGCAGAUUCCAAAGGAAUUUGGAAAAUUAACCUCUCUAGUUAAUCUUUUUCUGCAAAACAACCAAAUUUCUGGCAAUAUACCUGAGGAUUUUGGGUCACUAACAAAGUUAGAGUCCCUCGAUCUAUCAGACAACAGAUUGAAUGGGUCAAUCCCGAUGUGUAUAGUAGAUUUCGUGCACUUGUUUCAGUUGAACCUGAGCAACAACAAAUUUGGCCAGAAAAUUCCAAAAGAGAUAGGGAGGAUAACUCAGCUUAAUGUACUUGAUUUGAGCUAUAAUCUUCUGGUUGGAGAUAUACCCCCUCAGUUAGCCAAUUUGAAGGUGUUGGUAAACUUAAAUCUUUCCCACAAUGGCCUAUCUGGGCGCAUUCCUCAAGAACUUGAAAGUUCAACUGGUUUGCAGGAUGUCGUAUUGUCAUACAAUGAGUUGGAAGGUCCAAUCCCUAAUAAUAAGGCUUUUAUCAAUGCCUCAUUGGAGGGUAAUAAAGGUCUUUGCGGCAAUGUAGCAGGACUCCAUCCCUGCGAAAGGCCAUCUUCUGUGGUGAAGAAGCACUCAAUGGAGAAGGGACGUAAACUUAUCCUCGUCAUUGUACUUCCUGUUAUGGGAGCACUAGUACUGCUCUGUGUUUUCAUUGGUGUUCUCUUUAUGUGUAAUAAAAGAAGAGCUGGAGAUGUAGAAAGACGGGAUAGUGAUGGUUGGCUUUCGAUAUCCAUGUUAGAUGGAAAGGCAUUGUACAGGGACAUCUUAAACGCCACAGAAGAGUUUGAUGUAAAAUAUUGCAUCGGGCAAGGAGGACAUGGAAGCGUUUACAAGGUAAACCUUCCAUCAUUAGGGAAUGUAGCUGUGAAGAGACUUCAUUCUUCAUUUCAGAAUACACAUCCCAAAAGCUUCAUGAAUGAAGUAAGGGCAUUGACUGGGAUUAAGCACCGGAACAUUGUGAACCUCUACGGCUAUUGUUCGAAAGCACAACACUCACUCUUGGUUUAUGAGUAUGUGGAGAGGGGGAGUUUGUCUAGUAUUUUGAGCAAUGAAGUUGAGUCCAAGAAAUUGGAUUGGUUUAAAAGGGUGAAUAUCAUCAAGGGUGUUGCUUUUGCUUUAUCUUACAUGCACCAAGACUGUUCACCACCUAUUGUUCAUCGAGACAUAUCAAGCAGUAAUGUGUUGCUUGAUUCUGAGUAUGAAGCUCGUGUUGCAGACUUUGGAAUAGCAAAGAUUCUCAAGCCAGACUCAUCCAAUCGCACUGCGCUUGCAGGCACAUAUGGUUAUGUCGCACCUGAGCUUGCAUAUACAAUGAAGGUUACAGAAAUGUGUGAUGUCUAUAGCUUUGGAGUAUUAGCAUUGGAGAUAAUCAAAGGAAAGCAUCUUGGUGAAUACAUUACGUCACUAGUAAAUUCAUCGACUAAAGAUCAUGUGCAGUUUAGUGAUUUGCUAGAUGAACGCCUUCCAUAUCCUGAAGAUGAAGUAAAAGAGGUUUUGGUUUUUAUCAUCAAACUAGCAAGCUCAUGUUUGCUUGAAAAUCCAAAAUCAAGGCCUACAAUGCACUUCAUCUUUCGUAGUUUAUCAUCAAUUGAUCCAUGUCUACCUACUCAUAAGAUAAACCUCCAUCAAGGCAAGCUGUAUAAUCCCUGA